AGAGCCGAGCCGCGCCGGCCCCAGCGGUGAUGAAAGCCGCGGCCGAGUCCAGGUCACGCCGAAGCCGUUGCCCUUUUAAGGGGGAGCCUUGAAACAGCGCCCGGGUUCCAUGUUUGCAUCCGCCUCGCGGGGAGGAAACUCCAUGUUGUAACAAAGUUUCCUCCGCGCCCCCUCCCUCCCCCUCCCCCUUAGAACCUGGCUCCCCUCCCCUCCGAAGCUCGCGGGGAUCCCUCCCUCCCACCCCUCCCCUCCCCCCCGCGCCCCGAUUCCGGCCCGAGCCGGGGGGGAGGCCGGGCGCCCGGGCCAGAGUCCGGCCGGAGCGGAGCGCGCCCGGCCCCAUGGACAGCUCGGCCGUCAUUACUCAGAUCACCAAGGAGGAGGCGCGGGGCCCGCUACGGGGCAAAGGUGAGCAGAAGUUAGCGGCUUCUCAGAAGCCCCGGAGCCGGGGCAUUCUCCACUCGCUUUUCUGCUGCGUCUGCCGCGACGAUGGGGAGGCCCUGCCAGCGCACAGUGGGGCGCCCCUGCUGGUGGAGGAGAACGGAGCUGUCCCCAAGCAGACCCCGGCGCAGUACCUGCUCCCAGAAGCCAAGGCCCAGGAUGUGGACAAGAUCUGUGUGGUCAUCGACUUGGACGAGACCCUGGUGCACAGCUCCUUCAAGCCAGUGAACAACGCUGACUUCAUCAUCCCUGUGGAGAUUGAUGGGGUGGUCCACCAGGUCUACGUGCUGAAGAGGCCCCAUGUGGAUGAGUUCCUGCAGCGAAUGGGCGAGCUCUUUGAGUGCGUGCUGUUCACCGCCAGCCUUGCCAAGUAUGCAGACCCAGUAGCUGAUCUGCUGGACAAGUGGGGGGCCUUCCGGGCGCGGCUGUUUCGUGAGUCCUGCGUCUUCCAUCGGGGGAAUUAUGUGAAGGACCUGAGCCGGCUGGGCCGAGACCUGCGACGGGUGCUCAUCCUGGACAACUCGCCUGCCUCCUACGUCUUCCAUCCAGACAACGCCGUACCGGUGGCCUCCUGGUUUGACAACAUGAGUGACACGGAGCUCCACGACCUUCUGCCUUUCUUCGAGCAGCUCAGCCGCGUGGAUGACGUGUACUCAGUGCUCAGGCAGCCACGGCCAGGCAGCUAGUGAGGUGCCCUGGGGCCACAACCGGCCCCUGACCAAGGCCCACACCCCUCACACGUGGACUUGUCCUUAUGAAAACCCAGCAGCGGUGGCCCACUUCAGCCCUCAGCAGCAUGGGGAAGUGGGCCCUCCCCGCCUGCCCAGCCAGGCUGCACCAAGAGCAAUGAGCCUCUGGGUCCCUGUGUCAGUGCCUUAGAACCUCCUCCUCCUC